UGGAUGGAUGCGCCAUGGCCACGCUGGUGUGCAGGGUGCAGCUGCUGGAUGACACCGACCCUUUCAACAGCACCAACUUCCCCGAGCCCACCCGGCCGCCCCUGUACACCUUCCGGGAGGACAUCCCGCUCGCCACCCAGCUGCCCGGAGUGCACCGGCUGCUCCGCGCACCGCAGAAGCUUGAUGACUGCACCCUGCAAUUGUCUCACAACGGUACCUAUCUGGAUCUAGAAUCUACGCUAGCAGAACAAAGAGAUGAAUUGGAAGGCUUCCAGGAGGAUGCUGGGAGAGGCAAGAAGCACAGUAUAAUUCUGAGGACCCAGCUGUCUGUGAGAGUUCAUGCCUGCAUUGAAAAGCUUUACAAUUCCAACGGACGGGAGCUGAGACGAGCACUUUUCUCCUUGAAACAAAUAUUUCAGGAUGACAAAGACUUGGUUCAUGAGUUUGUUGUUGCUGAAGGUCUGACUUGCUUAAUCAAAGUGGGAGCAGAGGCUGACCAGAAUUAUCAGAACUACAUCUUGAGAGCAUUGGGCCAGAUAAUGCUCUAUGUCGAUGGCAUGAACGGAGUAAUAAAUCAUAACGAAACAAUCGAAUGGCUGUACACACUUAUUGGGUCAAAGUUCCGCCUGGUGGUAAAGACAGCCCUGAAGCUGCUGCUGGUGUUUGUGGAAUAUACAGAAUCCAAUGCACUGCUUCUAAUCCGGGCGGUUUCUGCUGUGGAUAAAAAGAGAGGAGCCAAGCCAUGGUCCAACAUCAUGGAAAUCCUGGAGGAAAAGGAUGGCAUCGAUACUGAGCUACUGGUUUAUGCAAUGACCUUGGUUAACAAGACAUUGUCGGGGUUGCCAGAUCAGGACUCUUUCUAUGACGUGGUGGACUGUCUGGAAGAGCUAGGCAUUGAAGCUAUUUCGCAGAGGCACUUGAACAAGAAAGGAACAGACUUGGACUUAGUUGAGCAGUUCAACAUUUAUGAGAUGACACUCAAACACGAGGAUGGAGAUGAGAGUGCUGACCUCCCUGCCAGUGGCUGCAAGGACCGGAGGAGGGCCAGCCUCAGUGCUGGUGAGCGCCGGGGGUUAGAGCGCCGACGGAGCCGAAGGCACUCAGUGCAGAACAUCAAAAGCACUUCAUCUGUCCCUGGGAGUCCAUGCAGUCAGUUGAACCCUAGCUUCAUUUUGGGCCGUGGACAGGCUGCUGAAGAUCUCAGUGAGAGAGAAGAGGAAGAAUGUGAAGAGGAGGAAGAAGAGCAGCCAGUCACAGAGCCCAAUACUGAGGAUGAGGGAGAGGAAGAGGCCAGUAGGCAGGUCAAAGCCAGUGGGGUUCCAGGUUCACGGGAGGCUGUGAACGAAAACAUUUCACGGUGUUCUGAUUCUUCAGCUGACUCCAGUCCCACUUCUCCAGCUGAGAGGCCUCUCUCCUACUCUAAAGCGAAGAGCUCUUCUAGCAGCUUCCCUUCUGUGCCUGACUCAUCUGUCUUUCACCACAAUUCUGUGCUCUCGUCACCAUCUUCACCUGCAGCAGCGCUGCUAAGCAAUUCUCAAAAUUCAUCUGCAUCCAUUACUCCAAAGGCAUCUCCAACAGUGGAGAAAUUACCUUAUGUGCCACACAGUCCUUUUCACCUCUUCUCCUACGACUUUGAAGAGUCUCCAGCAUCUGUGAAAGAAAAAGAAGCAGAAGUGAUGAGGGAAACCAGAUACAAUAGCUAUGGCAGCAGCUCUUACUCUUCUCCACGACCUUACUCUGGUGUGAGUGCUCCUGCAAUACCCGCUGCACGUUACGGGACAACUGUCUCACCACCUCAAGAGAUCAAAUCUGACAGGCCAGCUUUGGGUGGUCUCCUUACAUCAUCUUUUCGGCAGCACCAGGAGUCUUUGGCAGCAGAAAGAGAAAGACGACGCCAAGAGAGAGAAGAAAGGCUGCAAAGGAUAGAACGUGAAGAAAGAAACAAAUUCAACCGUGACUAUUUAGACAAAAGAGAAGAACUAAGACAUGCGAGAGAAGAGAGAUACAAAUAUUUGGAGAGGUUGGCAGCAGAAGAGCAUGAGAAGGAGCUGAAGAGUCGAAGCCUAAGCCGAGGCAGAAGUGAGCUAUCCCUGAACCUGAGAUCUCCUUCAGCCCCAUCCUCACCUGUACCCAAGUGCGUCAGUCCAGCAUCCACAGAGUCGCAGGAAGAGCUGAAGACCCCAACCACUCCUUUUGGGACCACUCAGCCCUCAGAAGCGAGUGCCAGUGAACCCGAACCAGAGACAGAACCAGAACCAGAGCAGGAGGCUGAGGCCGAGCAGGGAGCGGAGACAACCAAGGAAAUAGAGGCUACAGAGGUGGGACCAGAGAGUGAGGUGAAACAAGGACCAGAGAGAGAGCCAGAAGAAAGUGCAAUACUCAGUGAAAAAGAAAGGCAGAAUGAGGAAGUGAAUGAAAAAGACAACUGCUCUGCAUCCAGCAUAUCCUCAGCAAGCAGCACUUUAGAGAGGGAAGAGAGAGAGGACAAGUUAACCAGUGACAAUGAAACUGGUCCAUGGUUGCAGACCAUCCGGGAUGCUGGUGUGAAUGAGCAGUGCAGCAACAUCCUCAACAACAAACGGUUUAUGCUGGACAUGUUGUAUGCACACAACAAAAAGCCCAAGGAUGAAGAGGAGAAGGAGCUGGAGGCGAAGGAGGAAAAGAAGGAGACGGAGGAAAGUGAAGAGUCACUCACUAGUCUAGCCAGCAGAAUCUCUGUCCUUCAGGCCACAAAGCAGGCCAAAGGUGAAAGUGUCAAAAAGAUGGAGAUUGGCAGUUUAGACAACCAAGGCAGCGUAAAAGCCUUUGCAGAGAAGUUCAACAAUGGCGAGCUGGUCAAGGGGACAGCUGUGCCUGAGGAUGGAAUCAGUGAACAGGUCCCUGAGAAAACACCGGCACAGCCAAAGAAGGAAUCCGACUACAUCUGGGAUCAGCUCAUGGCUAAUCCUAGAGAACUUAGAAUCAAAGACAUGGAUUUCACAGACUUGGGGGAGGAGGAUGAUGUAGAUGUGUUGGAUAUGGAUAUGGGUCCUGGGGACUCCCUCGCUCCCCCUCCUCCACCUCCACCUUCCUUUCUGGGUUUGCCUCCACCACCACCUCCCCCACUGUUUGGAUGUCUGCCUCCACCUCCACCCUCUGCUAAUUUAUUGGCUCCUCCCCCGCUCUUCAGCACUCCUCAGGGCUUAGGGUCACCCCAGGUUGCUAGGGGUCAGCCAGCAUUUAUAAAGAAGAAGAAAACCAUUCGUCUGUUUUGGAAUGAGGUACGACCGUUUGAGUGGCAGUGUAGAAACAACAAACACUGCAGAGAAUUCCUGUGGUCAAAACUGGAACCCAUUAAGGUGGACACUUCCAAACUGGAGCAUCUUUUUGAGUCUAAAUCCAAGGAACUGCCUGUCACAAAGAAAACUGCUGCAGAUGGGAAGCGACAGGAGAUCAUUGUGUUAGAUUCAAAACGAAGCAACGCUAUUAAUAUUGGCUUGACUGUGUUGCCCCCUCCCCGCACUAUCAAGACUGCGAUUCUCAACUUCGACGAAUAUGCCUUAAACAAGGAAGGAAUAGAGAAAAUCCUGACCAUGAUUCCAACUGAGGAGGAGAAGCAAAAGAUCCAAGAGGCACAGCUGGCGAACCCCGAUGUCCCCCUGGGCAGCGCUGAGCAAUUCCUCCUCACCCUCUCCUCCAUCAGUGAACUCUCUGCCAGGCUCCAGCUCUGGGCUUUCAAGAUGGACUACGAGAUAGUGGAGAAGGAAGUUGCAGAACCACUUCUAGACCUGAAGGAAGGAAUGGACCAACUGGAGCACAAUAAAACUUUGGGAUUUAUCCUUUCUACUCUGCUAGCCAUUGGGAAUUUUCUGAAUGGAACCAACGCCAAAGCUUUUGAACUGAGCUACCUCGAGAAGGUUCCAGAAGUCAAGGACACAGUGCACAAGCAGUCCCUCCUGCACCAUGUCUGCACUAUGGUGGUGGAAAAGUUCCCAGACAGCACUGAUCUGUAUUCAGAGAUCGGGGCCAUCACUAGGUCAGCCAAGGUUGACUUUGAACAGCUCCAGGAAAAUUUGUGUCAGAUGGAAAGGCGUUGCAAAGCAUCCUGGGAUCAUCUUAAGGCUAUAGCAAAGCAUGAAAUGAAGCCAACGUUGAAGCAAAAAAUGUCCGAGUUCCUUAAAGACUGUGCAGAAAGAAUCAUAAUCCUGAAGAUUGUUCACAGAAGAAUAAUUAACAGGUUUCACUCAUUUUUGUUAUUUAUGGGCCAUCCUCCCUAUGCAGUCCGUGAAGUCAACAUCAAUAAGUUCUGCAAAACUAUCAGUGAGUUUGCUCUGGAGUACCGCACCACCAGGGAACGAGUGCUGCAGCAAAAGCAGAAACGAGCCAACCACAGGGAAAGAAACAAGACCCGAGGGAAAAUGAUAACAGAUUGGCAGACCGAUGAAGAAGAGGAUGCUGAGUCUGGCAAGUUCUCCAGCAGUUCACCCCACUGCCAGACACCGUCCCAAGGGCUGCAGUAUGCUGAGGAUGCUGCAGAGCAUGAGAACAUGAAGGCUGUGCUGAAGACGACCUCUGUUGGUGGGGAGAGCACCACGGCACUUGGGGUCCGCACUCGAAGCCGGGCCAGCCAAGGCCGCGUCAGUUCACGGGGCGCUGGCAGUGACGAUUCACCUACUGCAACAGAUACUGCAGCAGACGAGAUCAUGGAUCGCAUCGUGAAGUCUGCCACCCAAGUGCCAAGCCAGCGAGCCGUGCCUAGGGAGAGGAAGAGGUCACGAGCAAAUAGGAAGUCAUUGAGAAGGACACUAAAGAGCGGGCUGACACCAGAAGAAGCCAAAGCACUGGGCCUCAUCAGCACCUCUGAGAUGCAGGUCUGACAUCCCAGAGGUGGUGACAAGACGUCGUUCAUCUGAAGCACACAGGCUGACAACCCGUGGGGGUGGCGCCGAUCUGCCAGCCUCCUCUCCUGCUCCAAACAUCCCAUCCUUUGUUAGUUUGAUUUUAAUAUGCAACAGAAAGCAAAACCCCACAGCCAGCAUGACAUCCACACGGGAACUGAGGAAGCAUUUUAGUGCUUGUAUGUGAAAGCAUAUGGCUGCUUCUUUCAUGAUGUGUUGAUAUGGGUAGGAGGGAGUUCUCCCUAGAGUUCUCUCACAUGUGAGCUGACUUUAUGUUGACUUUCCUUCUGCCCUGUGUUAGUAAACGUAUGGCAUUUUGUCAGUGCAAGGAAAAGUCCUUGAAAAGGCAAAAUGUUACAGCAACCCCAUUUUUUUCUGAAGCAGAGUCAUUACUCAAAGAUGCAGUCUGUGCAACCCUAUGGUUUAUUUGGGGGGUGGGGGGGGUGUUCUUAUUUUGCCACCAAAGAAUGUAAAAAUGUAUGUGUACCUUUAUAUAUGUACAGAAUGAAUGUGUGGACAUGUAUGUGUUCAUAUGCAUACAGUCUUGGUGUGAAAUCCUGUUCCUGCUGAAGCUAGCUGGACCAUGAUGUUCACUUUGGGGCCUUACCCUUCCACCUGGACAGGAGGACAAGAAUAUCUUUUUGUAGCAACUCAGUGGAUUCAAUGAGAUUCACUCUAUGGGCAGGAGUGGCCUGCAAUACAAGUGGAAAGUUUGGGAUCCUGAACUGAUGUGUAUUAAUGCACACUCAUACUGUACAUAACAGGAUGCACACAGAAGGGAGGACACAGAAUACCUCCCUCUUGUUGAGCUAUGGCAGUACUGUGCAUUUGUACAGUUCCGAGGAGAUCCACGACACCAAUUUCACAUACUCGAUAAAUACGUUCAGAUGCUAAGCUCAAAAAGUUCUGUUCACUUGCCUGUGCCCUUCAUGCUGCUUUUCUCUGCUACAAGAUAAUGUGGUAGUGAUUUUAUUUCAAAUUAAUGAAUCUGGAUAUGAAAUGGCCCUGCUAAAAGCCUGCUGUGUUUUUGCUAUUCCUCACUCUUUUUU